AUGGCGCUCUUCGCGGCGCCCCAGCCUCCGACAUCUUCCCACACUGUCGAGAACCCCGCCAGCACUGCCGCUGAAGCCAUACCCACCAGCACAGCUGUUGAAGCCACACCCGCCCUCACUACUGCUGCGAAGCUUGCCACUGAUGAUGUUGCCGAAGAGAAGCACGCUGCCGCUGGUCCAGUUGCAGAAGAGAAAGACGCCACCGCAGUUCCUGCUGCCGAAGAGAAGCUCUCCGCCGCCGCUGUUCCUGCUGCCGAAGAAAAGUUCUCCGUCGCCGCCAUCGCCGUCGCCGAAGAAAAGGUGAUCACCGCCGCCAUCGCCGUCGCCGAUGUGAAGGUGACCACCGCCGCCUCCAGUGCUGACGCUGCACAACCGCUCGCUGAUUCUGGUGACGACUUCAGCGACGACGACGUGGUCUGGAUCCCAGCUCCAAGCGGUCUACCUGUCACAACUAGCACCGGUAGCGUGCUCAAUGCCGACGAUGGGCGCGACGACAGCGAGGCGAGCGAGGCCGAAUGGGUCCCGACGGAGAACCUGGCCGCUCCUCCUUCCACAGCUCCGCAGCUCUACAACAUCCGCGCAAUCACAAACUCAUACAUGAGAAACGAGCCCUUGUCCGUCGAACCUUCAUUGAAGACCAAGCUGGCCAGGGCCGUGGACGACUUCGAAACUCGGAACCUGCACCAGAGCGCCGCCGUCGCCGACCACUUCGACGACUUCGCAGAGCUCUUCACUUCUAGAUAA